UGCUCUCACUGGCUCUUUUUGCCAAAACAUUUCUUCGCUAUUUGGUCUUUCUUGAUCCGUGUGCGAUCAGAUUUCAAAGAGUUUUUAUUCGGUGUUUUUAUGUAAUUCAGUAGUCAUGUUAAAUCCCUUCUGUGGUCGAAAAACCAGAGACGAUAUAUGGUUGAUGCUUUCGGCCAUCUUGAUAACUCUUGCAACAGCAUUAGGUCACACGAUCCUAGAAGAAUACAACUGUGGACAAGAAGACAUUGAGUACAAUGUAACCCUCAGAGGUGGUCAGUUUGCUGGGAUUUUCAAGGACCGUGGACCGGUGAAGAAUAUGCAGGAAUGCAUGCAUUUAUGCUGCAAUACAAAGAAGUGUGACGUGGCCAUGAUGCACGGGCCGAAAUGUUUUAGCGUACAUUGUUUGAAUGACACAACAUGCGAAACAAUUCCAGCGGAUGAUGAAGAUAUCGACAUGCAAGUUGCGCACAUGACUACAAAAGGAACUGGACAACUGACCGAAGCACCGGUGAGCGACAAUCUUAACAGCUAUGACCCUGAAGCGAAAUGUCCGCACAACGAGAUCAUGUACAACGUGAAGCUAAUGGGUGGAUUGAAAGCAGGAAAAUUCACAGACAUCGGAAAGGUUAAGAGUAUAAAGACUUGUAUCAGAUAUUGCUGCGAGUCCAAAGUGCAGCCAUGUGACCUAGCUUUUAUGCUAAGCGAUCGCUGUUAUCUGGUGAAAUGCUACUCAGAGGAGAGGUGUCAGGCGAUUCCUGCCGCCGCUAUUGAUCAUUCAUUUAAGCAGAAAAUGGCUUUUGUAGCGCCAUGGUUAUAUCAAAAGGGAAAGAAAGUUGUGAAAAUUCCAUCUAGCCAGUCUCCACAUCACUUACAAUGCGUUCAAAGCAGACGCUACACAAAAUCCCGACUUCUCGACGGCCCAAACGCUGGGCUCUUCACUGACGUUGGCCGGGUGGCAAACCCUCAAAUAUGUACCCGCUUGUGCUGCGAGAAUCCUUCUUGUGACUUAGCCUACAUGUUUGGCCGUACGUGUUUCCUUGUAAAGUGCUUCAGUGAAAGAAGCUGUCGCACCAUUCCCGACGAAGACGCUUGGCGUAAUGAUACUAAUUUGGACAGAACCACCCAAUACAUUGUAACACGAAAGUUUGGUGUAAAACUAAGAGAUGACGGAACUCCCGUUAUACGAACCGAAACAAACCAAGAAGAGGUUUGUCGCUUGGAUGGCGACAUUAGAAACAAGACGAUACUCCAGGCUGGCAUGGUAUCUGGUAAACUGACUCAUCACAAAGGUGUUACAGACAUUAACUCAUGCAUAAAGCGAUGCUGUGAGCAUGAGAAGUGUCACGUGGCUAUGAUGAUGGCGGAUAAGUGCUACACGGUGUUUUGUACUAAUAGGCAGUAUUGCCAGCCUAAGCCAGCUCCGGUAGAGACACACCAUACGAACCCUACAGUGGCCUAUGUCAAGAGGGGAGAGAUAAGCUUUGCUCCUAAACCGAGAUCGGUGAUGCCAAAAAUUGAAAGAUUCCACCCUUACUUAGUGCAAGAUGUCCAAGAAGAAUAUCUUGAAGCAGAUGAUAAUAAUUUCAAAGGCAGUAUCGACGUGAAUGCGAGCCAACGAAGCAGUUUGCCGAAUAUCCCAAGUAAAGAUGCUGAAGCAGAAACGUCUGGGAGUGGAGACAUCGAGGAAGUCGAGGAGUAUCAUAGUGGAAGUGGAGACCGCGACAUUAAUGAUGGUAGUGGUGGCAGCGGUGACCAAAGCGGGUCUGGAGACAAUGCAGAGCAGGUUGAAGAAAGUGGAGAAGAGUCCAGCAGUGAGAGCGGAGCUGAAGAGAACGAGGCUGAAGGCAGCGGAGAGGAUAGUGGAGCAGAAGAUAGCGGGGCCGGAGAUAGCGGUGCUGAGGAUAGUGGAGCGAGCGGAGAGGAAGAAGAUAGCGGAGAUAGUGGGGAUGAAGAAAGUGGUGAUGAAGACGAGGAUAGAGAAGAUGAGGUUCAAGGACUGGCCCAGCUAAGGAACACUCAGAGCCUCAAAGGUGUCCUUUGAUGAUCAUUACAAAAGUAGAUCUGUAGUUUUAUUGGAAUGAAAUAAUGUUUCGUAUAGGAGUUUCAUUUUUUGUCUUAUGUUAAGAAGUCGUGUGUCAGACUACUUAAGUAGGGGUGCAUUUUUCGUGUUGAAACCUUCUCGCAAGGCCUUCCUCUACCAUACGUUUGAUAGAUAAUUUGGCCUUUGUGUUGUUUUCCACUGCUUCCCUCGCGAGAGUGAGGGAAGCAGUGGAAAACAACGUUUGAGCGAGGAAAGUAAAUAAGAUCUACCUUACACUUUCACAGACGGCAUUGACAACAAAAUUUAUAUUCAUGGAAGACACCAUGUAAUCUCCGAUCACCACAGAUUUUGCCUUUUUUCUCAGUGGAGUGAAUUUUUCUCUUUUUUAAAGGUCUCUGUUAAAACGUGAUUCUGAAAGCUUACUUAGCUUUUCUCAAAAGGCUUUGAACUGGGUUAAUAUGUACAAAUGUGUAAUUUCACAAAUUGAAGCCCGCUGUAAAUUCUUUGUCCUUAUAAAAAUAUAUCAUACUGUAGCUUUCUAAUCUAUUUAAAAAUCCACGAAAAAUAAUGUUUUAUAAUGGAAGUUAAGAGUGUGAAUAAACGAGACUAGUUUUGUAGAUAUUCUAAACUCUUUCUCACUCUUCUCUUUAACAGGGAUGUUGUUGUA